AUGGCCCCGCCGGGUGUAUUCUUCUCUUUGAGAGUGUCGCAAGCGAUAUACGCUGUCGCUACAUUCGCACUCUUGUUAUCCAUUGCGAUGUUCUCCUCAUGCAUCUCCCUCGUAGCCGUCGCUUAUAUGGCUUAUGGCUCCCUCUCCCCUUCGCAAGGUCUGGCCAAGGCAUGCAAAUUUACCAUCCAUUGGCUUGUGUCUUUCGUAUCCUUGGUGGCAUUUAUCUGCCUCGCAAAGUUCCUAGCAGGAGCUUCCGAAUGUGACGGCUCCCUAUUAUGGACAGCUGCUACUACACUGAUUGGCAUCGACAUAUCCAAGGAUAACAGGAGGGCGAAUGCUGCGUUGCAAGAAAAGCUGAAGGCUUUGGAAGAUAAUUAA